GGUGAGUCUUGCUCAUAUGAGCCCAUAGAGCCGACGGCCUCCCACGUUAACCAGUAUCUUAUCCAAAUUCAUCAUACGCCACAAAUUGUCCAUCAUCAUCAUGACGCCUUCAUCGCCGAGCUGGAGACCAAAAGUGAUUAUAUUCGACCUCCUUACCGCCCUGCUAGAUUCUUGGAGUCUGUGGGAUGCGUCCACGCCGUCCGCAACCGCAGCAGAGGGACGAGUUUGGCGUGCACGCUAUUUGGAACUGACAUUCAGCACCGGCGCUUACAUCCCGUAUGAGCAGCUCGUUCAUCAAGCUGCAGAAGACGUUGGCUUGCCUGAAUCAGCUCCAAGAACAUUGUUGGAAAACUGGGACAAACUGCAGCCAUGGCCCGAAGAUGCCCAAGUGUUGGAGCAGUUGAGACUGCGAGGUUAUAAGCUCGGCGUAGUUACCAAUUGUUCGAAACGUCUGGGAACUAUUGCCGCGAAUAUAGUUGGAAAAUUCGACUCUAUUAUCACCGCAGAAGAGAGCGGCUUUUACAAGCCUACCGAACAAGCUUACCAGGCCAUCUUGACGACGAUGGGUGUUGAGUCUCAAGACGCAUUGUUUGUUGCAGGCAGCGCAGGAGAUGUUGAGGGCGCAACAAAUGCUGGCAUGAAAGUGGUUUGGCAUAACAAGGCUGGGCUAUCGAGAAAGGGCGAAUCGGUUCCGCUCAAGGAGGCUACUCGUCUGGAUGAUGCUUUGUCCAGCUUCAUGUAAUGCUAAUUGCUCUUUGAUACGUAACACAUUCUAG